AGUUGUUCGUCCGUUCCCGGACGCUUUUAUACACUUUUAUAAUAGAAUUAUGGCCGCAAAAGAAGAAAACGCUAUGGAGAGUCUGACUGAUGAACAAAUUGCAGAAUUUAGGGAAGCUUUUCAAGUAUUUGACAAAGAUGGUAAUGGAAGUAUAUCUACUAAGGAGUUGGGAAUGGUCAUGCGAUCUUUGGGUCAAAACCCAACCGAACAAGAUCUUAUGGAAAUGAUUAAUGAAGUGGAUAUUGAUGGAAGUGGAGCAGUUGAUUUUUCCGAGUUUGUCAAUAUGAUGGCUAAAAAGAUGAACAAAUCGGAUAGCGACGAAGAGGUUAAAGAAGCAUUCAGAGUAUUUAACAGUGUUAAAGAUGGUGCAAUCGACGUUACUGAAUUGCGUAUGGUAUUGGAGUGGUUACAUAAUGAUAAUGCCGUUCAGGAAGAUAUAGAUGCUAUAAUAAAGGAUGUUGAUAAGGAUAUGGAUAACAAAAUCACUUAUGAAGGUAUUAAUAAUAUUUUUUAA